UCAGAACGGGACCGGCCUCUGGAGGUACACCAUGGCUCUCGGACCGCUACUGGUACUACUGGCGCUGACUGUGCUGAGAUUGACUUGGGGGGAGCCAGCCUCAGCACCCUCCCCCUGUCCUCAGGGCAGUUCUUGGAGCCCAGACCUGGACAAGUGCAUGGACUGUUCCUCCUGUCCAGCUCGACCCUACAGUGACUUUUGUCCUGGCUGCAUCACAGCACCUCCACCCCCUUUUCCUCUGCUGUGGCCAGUCUUGGGGGGUACACUAGGACUGAUGCUCAUUUUAGGGCUCCUUUCUGGCCUUCUGGUCUGGAGACAGUGCCGACGGAAAGAGAAGUUCACCACCCCCAUUGAAGAGACAGGAGGAGAAGGAUGUCCAGGCAUAGCUUUGAUCCAGUAAUGAUUUGGCCUGUUCCCAACUUUGCCUAGUAUUGAGGGGAUCUCACCUUCUUGGCGUUCCUGUUUUCCAAUGAGAUUUCCCCCUCACACACACAUUCUUCUCAGACUCUACAUUUCUUUUCAUAUACCCAGAAGAGAAGUAGGGACUCAGACCUGGGGUCUUACCCUAGGACUGAUCACUGGCUGAAGAAUGCAACAUUUGCACAAUUGGGGGAUGGGGGGGUGUUUCCCCUCCCCCAACAAUCACACUGCCACCUCCCUCCUCUGGCAGCACUAGGGGCACUGAGCCAAGAAAACACCUCUUCAGUAUAAGAGGACAGAUCUAACACUCAGGACCUUGGUUUCCAGUCCUCUCAAAUGUGCUGAGACAAGGCAACUGUAUCUUGUUGGAGGGCAGGGUACAGUGCUCUAUCCCCCUAGAGUAGGGGCUGGUCCUCUAGGGGAGCUGGCCCUGGGUUCUUCCCCCUUUGGCCAGCCCACAAGGUAGGGGAGAUAUUUAUUUGGGGGAGCAAGGAGGGAGGGGGGAAGGGAGGGAAUAG